AUGUCUGCUGCCCCCGCCACCACCAGCGCGAGUGGGCCGCCGCCAUCGCCGCCAGGCCAAGCACAUGGACACGACCACGAACAACCACAACCACAGCCAUCACAACAACAACAAACACAACCGCAAGAUGACGACCCCGCCAACCUCCAAUCCGUCCUCCAUCUCGACGUCGACACGGCCAGCAACAGCGACUCCGACUCGGCGUUUGGUGGCGAAUCUACCGCCUCAACGUCGCUUGCCUCGACCAUUCUCAACUACGAAUACUCCAACGGCCGGCGCUACCACGGCUUCCGCUCCGGGGCCUACCUGCUGCCCAACGACGAGCAGGAGCAGGACCGCCUCGACCUGCUGCACCACAUUUUCCUCCUGAUUCUGGGCGGCAAGCUGUACGACGCACCGCUGCCCCCGUCGCCGCAGCGCGUGCUCGACAUCGGCACCGGAACAGGCAUCUGGGCCAUUGACUUUGCCGACGAGCACCCCAGCGCCGAGGUCAUUGGCACAGACCUUAGCCCCAUCCAGCCAACAUGGGUCCCGCCCAACGUCAAGUUUUACAUUGACGACGCAGAGUCCGAGUGGGUCUACAGCCGUGCCGAGGCCUUUGACUACAUCCACGGCCGCACCCUCUCGGGCGGCAUCUCCGACUGGGACAAGCUCAUGCGCCAGGCCUACACGCACCUCAAGCCCGGCGGCUGGGUCGAGUUCCAGGAACCGCUCGCCCUGUGCGAGAGCGACGACGGCACGCUGGAGAUGGCCAAGGACGUGGUCCAGUGGCAGGACCUGUGUGAGGAGGCCGCGAAGAAAUGGGGCAGAGAUAUCCGCGCCGGAUACAUCCUCAAGCAGAGCAUGCUGGAUGCCGGCUUUGUCGAUGUCGAGGAAAAGGUCGUCAAGGUUCCCCUCGGCCCAUGGCCCAAGGACGCCCGCUUCAAGGAAAUCGGCCGCUACCAGCGUGAGCACAUGUCCAUGGGCAUAGAGCCCUACACGCUGGGUCUCCUGGGCAAGGUCUUGGGUUGGAGCGAGGCCGAGUGCCGUGUCAUGAUAGCCCGCGUCGUGGCCGACAUCCGGAGAAGAGACGUCCAUCUGUACAUUAGAUUUUACUUUGUCCACGGCCGCAAGCCCGAGACGGCCACGCAUUAG